UUGGUAUCAGAGCUACGGAGAGCGAACGUGGAGAUGGCGGAUCGCGGAAAGGCACCUGUAUCCGAAGAAUCGCGGAGUCUCGAUUCACUGUGGGCAAACCAGGAGAACGUCAAUCGUCGAAUCGACGAGCUCGCCACCGAAGUGCAGCGACUGACGAUCGAAAUGCGCCGCAAGUUCAAUCUCAUCAAGGCGAGACCAUACCAUCAGCGGAAUCCGCGUGAAGAGCUACCACAAACGGCACCACUAAGGCCCGGCGGGAGACGAGGAAUGAUUGCAGCCAGACAUUGGCGACAUCAACCACUGUUACAAGAAAUCUCUGAUUCAGAGGAUGAGAUACAAUCUUACAGAGACGCGGCGGCUGCGGCUGCGGAUUCAGGGGAAGAAGAAAUUGACAAUACCUAUUAUCCCGCGAACUGGAGGCGCAACCGGCCGAUGGCUACUUACCGUCAAAACGAAUUCAAGGUGAAAUUAGACAUUCCCUUUUUUUACGGACAUUUACACAUCGAAGACUAUCUUGAUUGGGAAAAAUCCGUCGAGAACUUUUUUGAUUACAUGGAAAUUGAAUCCAGCAAACAAGUGAAAUAUGUCGCUUGUAGAUUGAAAGGGGGAGCCAGCGCUUGGUGGGCACAGACGUUGCAGCAGCGACAACGUGAAGGGAAAGGCCCGGUUUGCAAUUGGAAUCGUAUGAAACAGUUAUUAUGUACCCAAUUCUUGCCUACAGAUUUUGAACAAAUCCUCUACAUCCGCUAUCAACACUGUGUUCAAGGAUCCCGAUCCGUAAGUGAAUAUACAGAGGAGUUCAAUAGGUUAAGUGCCAGAAACAACUUAAUGAGUAGGCAAAUCAGCUAGUGGCACGCUACAUCGGUGGCCUUAAGGAGAGCAUCCAGGAUAAAUUAGAGCUGAAUUCUGUUUGGUCACUAGCCCAGGCCGUGAACUUUGCUAUGAAGGCGGAGCUACAACACAGCCGACAAUCUAGAAUAACUCACAGCCGUAAGUAUUGGCAAGAACAAGGGUCUAGUCAUAACAAAGGGCCGCCCCCCUGGGAAAAUCAGCUCAGUCACGUGUUACAACUAACAAUUCCACCCCUCCACCGAAUGAAGUACCGGAACACAAGACACAGCUGAAACCAAGAAUUUCAGGUAAGGAUAAUCCUUAUGCUAAACCAUCCACUAUCAAGUGUUUCCGUUGUUUUCAACCAGGUCAUAAAUCCAACGAAUGUCCCCAACGGCAACAAGCACACUUUGCGGAGCCAGGAGAUGAAGACCGAUCUGCCGAGGUUGAAUCCGAUUGCGAGGAAGGGACUGAGGAUGUCUAUGAUGAUGAUGGCGAGCCAGUGAUUACAAUGCUCGAGAGAUUACUACUAGCCCCUCGGAGUAACUUGAAAUCCCAGAGACACGCACUUUUUCGGACUAGAUGUACCAUCCUGGGAAAGGUGUGCGACCUCCUUGUCGAUAGCGGAUGCACAGAGAAUGUCGUAUCCAAAUCAAAAGUACAAAGUUUGCAGCUGAAAACAACCAAGAGGACCAACACUUACAAAAUAAGUUGGGUCAAGAGGGGAGUUGAAAUAGCGGUGACUGAUUCUUGCAGGCUAACUUUCUCGAUAGGGAGAAACUAUGUUUGCGAAGUAGUUUGUGACGUCGUCGAAAUGGACGUCUGCCACCUUAUUUUAGGGAGGCCAUGGCAAUUCGAUGCGGGGGCUAUGUAUGACUGUCGCGCUAAUGUAUACGCCCUGGAGUAUAAAGGAAGAAAAUUGAGGUUGUUACCCAACCAAGUCGACAGUCACGCUGGAACGUCAAGCCAAAACGCACUUCAUAUUGUAUCUGGAUCCGCCUUGGUACAAUGCUGGAAAGACCCUGCCCCGAUUUAUGCCUUGCUGAUUACAGAGAAGCCACUUCCUCAUGAUGUUCGUCAAUGCCCAAAAGAAAUCGAAAAACUAUUACAACAGUACUCCAGUAUAACGCCAGAAGAUUUGCCGUCUGAGCUCCCACCACUACGUACUAUUCAACACCGAAUUGAUCUUGUGCCGGGGUCUAGUCUGCCAAAUUUACCACAUUACCGCCUCAAUCCUAAGGAACAGCAGAUUUUACAUGAACUGAUGGAUAAAUUAUUAGAUAAACAACUGAUUCAAGCUAGUGUGAGCCCUUGCGCAGUUCCCGCACUACUGGUCCCAAAAAAAGACGGCAGUUGGCGCAUGUGCAUCGACAGCAGGGCCAUCAAUAAAAUAACAAUUAAAUAUCGUUUCCCUGUUCCUCGUGUGGAUGAAUUACUUGAUCACUUGUCCGGGCUUCCAUUUUUUCCAAGAUAGAUCUACGCAGAGGAUACCAUCAAAUCCAUAUUCGUCCCGGAGAUGAAUGGAAGACGGCUUUUAAAACUCCACAUGGAUUGUUUGAGUGGAAAGUAAUGUCAUUUGGCUUGUGUAAUGCGCCCUCUACCUUCUUGCGAAUGAUGAAUGAGGUGUUGAAACCGUUUUUGGGCAAGUUUUGUAUCGUCUACUUUGACGAUAUUUUAGUGUACAGCAACAACUGGCAACAACAUUUGGAGCAUUUGGCCAUCUUAUUCGGAACUUUAUAGGAUCAAAAACUCAUUAUAAACACUCUCAAAUGUGAGUGGGGUGUUCCAACAGUGCAUUUUCUCGGGUUUGUGAUAUCUGCCGAAGGUAUACAAAUGGAUGUUAAAAAGGUAAAGGCGAUCACCGAAUGGCCUACUCCACAAUCCUUCUUUGAAGUUCGCAGCUUCCAUGGCCUAGCUAACUUUUAUCGCAAGUUUAUCAGAAAUUUUAGCCUUGUCAUGGCUCCCAUAACUGAAUGUUUGAAAGCUAAAGUAUUCAAAUGGGGAGAUGAACAGCAAGAGAGUUUUAGUGCCAUCAAAAAUCUUCUCAGUUCAGCUCCCAUCCUCGCCUUACCAGAUUUUGGUAAGUUAUUUACUGUGGACACCGAUGCUUCGGCGAUCGGUGUCGGAGCCGUAUUAUCACAAGAAGGGAAACCGAUAGCUUUCUUCAGCGAAAAACUAUGUGACUCCAGGCAAAAAUGGGCUGCAUAUGAACAAGAACUAUACGCGGUUAUACGAGCCUUGAAACAGUGGGAGCAGUAUUUACUUCACCAGGAAUUUAUUCUCUGUAGUGAUAACAAGGCUCUACAAUACAUUAAUAGCCAAAAGUCAAUUAACCGUAUGCACGCGAGAUGGCUAAUGUUCUUACAAAAGUUUUCAUUUACCAUUAAACACAAACCGGGAUCUGAAAAUAAGGUGGCUGACGCAUUGAGCAGAAAACGGAACCUGUUAGUCACUCUACAGACAGAAAUUACAGCAUUGGAAUGUCUCAAAGAUCUAUAUAGCACCGAUCCAGAUUUUGGCACAGUAUGAGAUCAAUGCAAAGACCAGGCUCCCGUCGACGACUACUCCAUUCGGCAUGGAUAUCUGUUUAAGAAAAAUCUUUUAUGCAUUCCAGUUUCAUCUUGGCGGCAAUAUCUCAUUCAGGAAGCUCAUGGUGGCGCGAUGGCAGCUCACGCAGGCAGGGACAACACGCUACGACAAUUACAAUCCUGAUUCUUUUGGCCUCGACUUCAUCGCGACGUAGCUCGAGUAAUCGAGAGCUGCACGGUUUGUCAAGUUUACAAAGGAACUGCACAAAAUACAGGCCUUUACACGCCAUUGCCCGUUCCGGACUCGAUUUGGUUAGAUCUUAGUCUGGAUUUUGUUUUGGGAUUGCCGAGAACAAAGAAAGGAGGUGGUUCGUCUACAUGGAGUUCCACGCAGUUUGACGUCGGAUCGUGACGUUAAAUUUAUAAGCCACUUUUGGAGAGAAAUGUGGAAAAGGCUUGGCACAGAAAUACGUCUUAGCUCGGCGUAUCACCCUCAAUCCGAUGGUCAGACUGAAGUUGUCAAUCGGACACUGGGCAAUAUGCUCCGAUGCUUGGUCCAAAAACAUCCGCGACGAUGGGAAGAGGUUUUGAGUAAAGCAGAGUUUGCUUAUAACUCUAUGACUAACAUAACCACGGGGAAGACACCCUUCAGCAUAGUUUACACCAAGCCGCCCAAUACAGCUCUUGACUUAGCUAUAUUACCCAAGUGUAAAUCCAAUGCUGCCACUACAUUCACGGAACAGUAUGCAGAUAUGUUAGAGGAGGUGCGGCGUCAAAUAACUCAGUCCAAUCUGCGGUAUAAAUCAGCCGUUGAUAAGCACCGACGCCAACGAUUGUUUAAGGUGGGUGAUCUUGUUAUGGUCAGGAUGCGUCGAGAACGUUUUCCACCAGGCACCUACUCCAAAUUAUCUCGCCGCAAGAUCGGCCCCAUUCCCAUUACCGCAAAGAUCAAUGACAAUGCUUAUUCAGUUGCUCUGCCUGAAAAUUGCAACACCUCUCCGACCUUCAAUGUUUCUGAUAUCUGGGCCUAUAACCCUCCUGACGAUGGCGCUAUCGCUACUAGCUCGUCGGAGUCGAGCUCUUCGGAACUGGGGGAGGACUGAUGCAACCCAUCUCAUAUUGUACCUGCGGAACGGCAUACCGGCCUAACAACCAGAUAUGCCUUCCACUACCCCAUUUACCAUUUUAGUUAUCUGCUGCAAUAGUUUGUUUUGCUUUCUGCAAUUUCUUUUAUAGUAUUUUCUUUUAGCAAAAGAUAUUACAUAUAGGAGAAAGGGUAUAGGAAAAUGUACUCAGUUUUACUUUUACAAAAACUUUAUCAAUAGACAAACCCAGGGAGCAUACAGCUCCGUUUAGCUGUUC